AUGGUCUCUUUCCGCAAUUUCUUCACUGCCACUCUGGCUCUUGCUUCUCCCAUCUCUGCGGCUCUUACUGCUGUCCAAAUCACCGGCAACAUCAAGACGCUCACCAGCAAGAGCAUGGCUAUCCAGGCUCCUGCCCAGUCCAUUACUAUCGUCAACGGCCCUCUCAUCGUUGUGGGCCUGGGACCGUUCCCCACCAUCAUUGCUGGCUUCACCGACAUCAUCAGCACUACUUCCGUUGCCAUUUCCCAGAUGCAGGAAUCUACCCCCAUUGCCGCUGGUGCCGACUCGGACAUGAUUUAUGAGGCUUUUCGCGAGUUUGUCCGUGUCCACCAGGCGCUCCUCAACAUCCUUAUUGGAAAGGCAGGCCUCUUCAACACUGUUCCCGUUAUCGGCCAGCCUGUCGCUGCUAUACUCCAGCAGCUUGAGGGCAUUGUCGACAAAAUUGCCUUUGACCUCAUUGACCUUGUCGAGGCUCGCGCAUCCGACCUCCAGAAAGAGACCAACGCCCUCGGCGCGACCCUUGACGUCUGCAUCAACAGCUACAAGGGUAUUUCUACCUAAGCGAUUUUUCAAAGACGCUCUCUUCUCAAACGGUAGCCGCUGUUCCAGAGUCGGCCAUGCAAAAAUACCAACAGGGAAGAUGAAUGUUCUGGAGGAUGUGGGUGAGUGAGUGAUGAAUGGUGGUCUCUCGACCCAUCUCUCACAUCGACAAGGGUACAAUGGUGGUUUACGCCACAACAAUGGUUUUCUUGUAUCAUCCCUUUAACUCUUAAUUGUCUAUACAUAGUUUUUCUCUAUCAAUGCAACAAUUCGAUAGGUUUCCGUUCCAGCGGACUCACCUGC